AAAUAAUAAAUAAAACCUAACAAAAUAUCGCCUUUGACACGAGCAUAAAAAGCCAGAAAGAAAAUAAAUAUGUAACUGUUAUAAAAUGGCAUCAUAUGAGGUGGACCCGCAUUAGUAGCUUUCGUAGUUAUAUAUAACAGGUAACCCGAAUUUCUAGUAAAAGUAUUAUCUCGUCAAACUUAUACAAAAAAAUUUAAAAAAAUACCUCUCUAAAUUUAGCCUUUACUUACCUUUCAAUUUCCUACGUUAUUCCUUAAUUACCAUUCAGCCAUUCUCUUGAAGUUUCAGAAAUCAACUCAAAUCAAAGAAAAUACAAUAAGGGAGGGAAAAUAUUUAAUUUUAUGAAACUACACAUAAUCGAUUUUGAAUUUUGAUAUUACCUGUUUGAAUUGUUACGAAUAUAUCAAUAAAAAUAUUUUUCCUCCCUUAUUCUGGUACAAAAUUGUUGAUUAAUUUUGACAAACAAUUGCAUAAUUCGAUAAUAAUCAACAAUAAUGGCGUCGGAGAUGUUAACAUCCGGAGCAAGUGGGAGAGUGAGCGCCUUGAUAUCAUUGAGUGCAUGGAGGAGUGUGAUGAAUUUGAUUUUAGCAAUUUUGUUCGUGAUUGUGGUGCCGUUUCGAAGGAGGAGAGAGAAAUCGGUGUCGUCGGUAUCGAAGGAGGAGAAGGUGGUGAGCAGUGGCGGUAGCGGUGGAGGGCCGGUGGUGAGGUUGCCGGCGGCGAUUGUGAGGAGAGUGGUGGUGGAGCAGGAUGUGGCGGCGAGGCGGAUGAUGGCGAUUAAGAGGGUUAAGGAGGAUAAAGAUGAGAAGUGUUUGAGGGAUUAUUCGAUUUUUGGUACGAAGAGAGGUGUUACACUUUUUACGCAAUCUUGGUCUCCUGUUUCUAGAAAUGUCAGGGGGAUUGUGUUGCUAUUGCAUGGCCUUAAUGAGCACAGUGGCCGAUACAGUGACUUUGCGAAGCAGCUAAAUGAGAUUGGAAUCAAGGUUUAUGGAAUGGACUGGAUUGGUCAUGGUGGAAGUGAUGGACUACAUGCUUAUGUUCCAUCCCUUGACGAUGCUGUUGUUGAUAUGAAAGCAUUUCUAGAUGCCAUUUUGUCAGAGAAUCCUGGACUUCCCUGCUUUUGCUUUGCACAUUCCACAGGUGCAGCUAUUGUACUUAAAGCUGCUCUUGACCCUAAGGUUGAAGCUCAAAUCAGUGGCAUAGUCUUAACAUCUCCAGCAGUUGGUGUAAAUCCAUCCCAUCCAAUAUUUAAUGUCAUUGCCCCAAUUGCAUCCUUAUUGUUUCCAAGGUAUCAAUGCCAUGCUGCAAACAAAUCAGGCACAGUAGUUUGUAGAGAUCCAGAGGCACUGAAAGCAAAGUAUUCAGACCCCCUUGUAUACACAGGUGCAAUUCGUGUAAGGACCGGCUGUGAGAUUCUCCGCAUAUCUGCCUAUUUACAAGAUAACUUGACGAAAUUGAGAGUUCCAUUCCUUGUACUACAUGGAUCUGCUGAUGCUGUGACUGACCCUAAAGGUUCCCAGAAAUUGUAUGAAGAAGCCUCAUCAUUCGACAAGGCCAUCAUAUUGUAUGAUGGACUGUUGCAUGACAUUCUCUUCGAACCUGAACGACAAACUGUAUUCCAUGAUAUAACUGACUGGUUAAUUCAACGAAUAGAAGGAGACUAGAUGUGAAAUCGAUUACAGUUUUUAUAAACCAGAACAUAUUGAUGAGCACAACCUUUUUUUGAUGUUGUUGCUCUCUAUGAGUGUGCAAGUGGGAUGUUGGGGUAUGGAAGAAUAACAAGGGUUCGUUCAUUCUUUCUGUUUAGAAGUCGAGACUUGAAUGUGUUAUCUUCUUAAUUGAUGGUGAACUGUUGAAGAUCAGUGGCAAGUAUUUCUUUUCUACUUAUAGCACUCAUGUAUAGCAUACUGACUUUUGCAUUUUACUAUAUUGCGUGGAUUAUUGGUUGGUGUCUCCCGUGUCAUACUUUGUGACUGCAUUCAAACUUAACAAUUGCUUUGUAUA